AUGCCCCUGAGCAUGAUCAUAAUUGUCGGCGCCGGCCCCUCUGGCCUGCUCCUUGCCCUCCCCCUCGCCCGCGCCAACAUCUGUCACCCUCCUCGAGCAAACAGCAUCCCUCGACACCGAACGCGCGCAAGCCACCACACGACCGAGUCCUGCAUCGAGUUCGGCCGCGCCGGCAUACUGGACGAUGUCCGUGCGGAAGGGUUCACGCCUGAUGGCGUGUCCUGGCGGAGGUUGGAUGAGAAGAAGACGAGGAUGGAGGGGGAGGGGAGGUAUAAAAUUGUUCUUUUGCCGCUUCAUCGGUUAGAUAAGAUUCUUGAGAGUCGUGUUCUUGAGCAGUCCUCGGCGGAGAUUAAGUAUGGGUGUAAGGUUGUGGAGCUUGGAGAGGAGGGGAGGAGGGGAAAGGCGUGGGUGAGGGCGGGAAAGGAAGGUGGUGGGAGUGAAUUGGUGGAGGGGGAAUAUGUGGUUGGCUGUGACGAGGCAAAUAGCACCGUACGGAGGAGGCUGUUUGGGGAAAUGGUAUUUCCGGGGUUUACGUGGAACGAGCAGAUUGUGGCGACGAAUGUGGAUUGUAACUUUGGGCCGUAUGACUGUGAUGAUAGCCUGUUCUUUGUGCAUUCGGAGCAUUGGCACAUGGUGGCACGGAUUCAGACAGAUGGCUUCUGUCGGGUGACAUAUGGCGACGUUGGCGGUUUCACAUACGAGCAGCUUAAGGAGCGGCAGCCCGGUAGGUUCCAAGCUUUCUUGCCCGGCAACCCCAACGCCGGACAAUCGGCCGGUUUUCUCCUGGCGGCAGACGCGGCGCAUCUGUGUAACCCAUUCGGUGGCAUGGGUUUUACAGGAGGCAUCGCCGACGUCGGCAGCCUGUACGACAGUCUCGUGGGCAUCCACACGGGCCAGGCCGAUGACUCGAUCCUCGACAAGUACGGCGGGGUUUGA